AUGAAGAACUCUGACGACCAAAAACAGAGGGAGAAUUCCGACCCGGCUACCAACCCCGGGCUACCGACCUCCUGCAUCUUUCCGAUGAGUCCACCGACGAUUGUUUUGAGCAUGGCGUCGAAGAGAAUGCGGAUCGAACGGCCAGAAGGUUUCCCCCACGGGCAUGGACUCGCACCGAGUCUUGGCGGCCAUGUCGCCGCUAUAACUGCUUGCAAAGCUUACGCCGGGCUCUGGGGUGCCAUUAUGUUGAUGGCUUUUGGGCUGACCAAAAAAAAUAUCGGGAGAAAAGACAAGUGA